AUGGCUGUCAAGAAAGCCAGGUUGAAGGUGGUGGUGUUAAUGAGCUGCGGGAGUAUCACUUUCAUCAUCACAUCUUCUCCUGCUUCUCUUGCAGCUGCAGUGGAAGUUGCUGUACUCUGCAGUGAGGUGUUGUCCCUUCUGCCAGCUGUGUCAGAGACUUUAACAGUGAAGAAUGAGUUUGAUGAGAGUGUGAUUGUUGAUGAGUAG